UUUCUGAAUAUAUUUUUUGUAUCUGAAACAGGGCCAAAGCUUUUUCUUACAAAAAAAAUGUCUAUAGAGUUAGAAAACUCUGUUGCUACUAGUGCAUAGUAUGUUUACAUAUUCCACAUUUGACCAGUCACACACCUCAGUCAGUUCUCAGUUCUCUGUACCUGAGUCUUAGUCUUCAGUCUUCGAGAUUUGUGAAAACAAAAUAGAGUAGAGAAAAGUUGCCUGACCAGAUAAUAUUUACAUAAAUCCAUGUCUAAAUCCAUUCAUCUCAUAAGUUACUCGGGCAUUCCAUCGGGUUCUUCUAAUGAAAAUGGGACCAGGUGUUCGAUGUUCCUGUUUAGUCUUUGCUAUUCACAGAGGAGAGAAUGAAGGGAAGCGGGGCUGUUGGUCAAUGAAGCUGUAAAUACCAUCAUGUCAGAAAUGAUGUUCAAAUUUUGGUCCUGCUCGAGUAAUGUUGGUUUUUCCAUGUAGUAGGAACUGCAGCACCUCGAGGCUGCGGUGUGAGCGCACACCAUGGUGCCGCCUCGGCGCCUUCUUGCAGCAGAGAUGAUGCCGCCGCUGCUGCGUCAGAGGCGGUGCCGCGGCGCGGUGCCGGGCUGCAGCGGCAGUGUGGCGGGACGCGGAUGCGACACGAGAUUCAGAAAGUUUAGAGAUGGAGCACAAAGCAGCGGACUCUCCGUGGCUGAAAUAUCAGUACAAGCCCAGACAUCGACUCCUGCCGCCGCCUCUGGUGCGAGGGGCCGUUUGUCUUUCCGCUGCGUAAAGGCGCACACCGGCCCGUGCGCAACAGUCCUCCUCGCCGGUCACUGCUGCUCGGCGUGUGAGCCAGGUGGGUCGUGAGUGUAAGCACGAGUGUAGUGGGUGUGGUGUCAUUCUCACUGUGUGUGUGUGUGUGUGUGUGUGACUGCUACAUAUAGGCCAGCGGCAGACUGGUGAGGCAGCUUUUGGUUUACACAAAACAGCGGAGCAGCAGCGGGACGGGCUGUUGUCAGCGGCUCACCCUCCAUCAUUAGUUGGUAUCCAGGGAAUCUCAGCUCGGCUGUGAGCUUCACUCUCACAUCUUUCCACUUCCAUUUUCCGUCCCGCCUGCAGGAUGAACUUCAAGAACUUGAGGGAGUACCUGGCCUGGCUGUACUACCAGUACCUGCUCAUCACUGGCAUCUAUGUCCUGGAGCCCUGGGAGAAGUCCCUUUUCAACUCCAUCCUCUUCUCCGCCAUCGCCAUGGUGAUCUACACCUCAUAUGUGUUUGUGCCCAUCCACGUGCUCCUGGCACUGGAGUUUUUUUCCGGGAUAUUUGGCGGCCAGCCUGAGAGCACAAUGACACUCAUUAACUAGGAGAAGCGGAGAAUGUGAGGGAGGAGAGGCAGCGACUGGGUGGAUUUAGCAUUAGACCCCAAAUUAUUUACUUUAACUCAGAGCGCCCUCAGGCCAAAACAACACUGUUCAGUCACCUCAGCUUAUCAAAACUGAAAAUAUGAAGAUAUUAUUGAUAUGGAAAGCAGAACCUUACUAUGUUCUUUACAUCCCACACCCUCUGGCCUUACCCCAUGGUAUUAGAUACAUGACUGUACAUUACUUUCACAGACUCGCUGCUGUGAAAUGUCGUGUGAAAUGUUGUUUGUCCUUUCCCCCUCUCACCAUAUGUCGUUUGUGAGUACAUACCGCCUCUCGCUUCUGCAUGAUAGAACCAUUAGUAGAUUUGCCCGUCUCACUACAAAAUACUACUAGACUCUCUUCUUUCAGUCAUGAAUUUUGAGCUAGUCUUUAAAGUGGUAUCCUACAAAUUUCUUUGUUGCUUCCAUAAUACUGAAGGACUUUAUAGACAUAGAUUGUGUCUAUCAAUAAUCUAGUGAUGACACAUUAUGUCAUUAGGGUUCAUAAUUGAACCCUGCAUUAUCUGGGUUAUUUUUGUCCGUGUCCGAAAUCUGUAGGGUUCCUUUAAAGUUCCAACAAUGGAACAAACAAAGCAGUGUCCACGGCAUGUAGAUUGUGUGUGUGUGUUGUGUGUGUGUGUGCGCAUGUGUUUGUAUGUUUGUAUGUGUAUUUACCUGCUGCAUCUCAGUAGCCAUGUUAUCACUAACUGGGAAUUCCUAGGUGAUUCAAAGGGAGGUAGUACUCACCCCAACAUUUCUGACAUGCUCUUAAUGUAACUGCUUGACCUGUGGUUUCGUAUCGGAACACUAUCAGCUGUUUGAGUUGCCUUUAUGCACCGUAACGCUGACUGAAGGGGGUCACAUCGCUCGUCCCAUGUGUUGUGUAGCUGAUCUUCAAAGAGAGAGUUGACAGGAGAGCCCAAGCUAUGCGACGAAUCUAGAAGUGUCACGGGCAGGGAUUUAUCAGGCAGCUGUGUAAUGUUCGCAUCAAGCCAACAUUUAGCGAUUUAAUCACAAAAAUAACAGCUUCAGUGUGUGUGUGCGCGCGCUGAGCCCUCUUUUUAACUCCUGUUUUUUUAAACUGCUGGUAUGUCAGGAAGCUGUGCUCUGCACUGAGCACUGGCAAAUAUUGAUUCAGCACACCUUUGUGUUUUGGGCAAGGCUUUGUGAAUGACGUGGCUUCACUCCAUCAACGGCUGCUGAACUCAAAGCAGAACAGUUUGCUGUCAAAUGCAAAAUGGAGUCAAAUUGGCCUGAACGCAAAGAUAAAGCCCGACUGCUCUUCCUUACCUUUAGUUGACCCACUGUACAGAGAUUUAACUGGGAAGACGAUGAGUCGUAGUGUAUCUUGUAGUUGUGAUGAGCAUUUCAUUUAGUUAUGUGCUUAAGAUGAUUUUUUUAUUAUUUGUGCUUUGGGUCAAGGGCUCGCUAAUUACAUGAUCACUUAAGUAUACUUUAUUUAUAUGGAAUUAUGUAUUUAUAUACACUGGUAAAUGCUUGGCUGGUUACAAUGUCAAUUACCAAACUUAUUAUUUAUAUCUGUGUUCUCUUGUGGCCAUUCAUUACACUUACUUUGUUUCUCUACCUGAAAUCGCUUUUAUAUUGUUUCCAUUUUUAAGCAUUUAAUUUAAUUUCUUUUUUUAAAAUGUCACUAGUCCCAGACUAGUCCAUAUGAAGAGCUCAUGUUUUUCUGAAAAGCUUUCUUUAUCCACCGUUCACUAGAUUAAAGCUUUAUUUAUACAUGAAAGCAACAAACCAUUGCAAUAUUUAGAAAAAUAAAAACAUAUGAAGACA